UCCAAGGUCUCUAUGGGGUUUUGAGAACCGAAGGCCUGAGGCUGUAGCAUCUCGAGCGUAGCGAGGGUGCUACUAAGGGCCUGAGGUUCUUAAAACUCCAUAGUGACCGUUGGACGAGGCCUAUAACUGAUUUAGAAUAGCGUAGCAACCACAAAAUAAACUGCUAGCUAGCUAAACGAGUACCGUCUGGGCUUUUGUGAGCUGCCAUUUUGUAUUGGAAACACUUGGCAUGGCUGGGGAUGCUGUUCCAGUGCUACGCUUUCUACUAGCUCUCGUGCUGAUAGUGAAAUUGACCCAAGGCGGAGUUUAGAAAACGCAGUUGAAGCCCUACUGAGUACGAGUGGCCACAAACAAGACCAGAAACCUGAAACUGUGCCUGUGCAGCCAAGUUCAAGAAGAUACACCAUUCCAGUGACUGAUACGGAUGUAGCUAAAGCCAGAGUUGAGUCUGUACCCAAAAAGACACGAGAAGACUCCUCUUACUGUGUGAAAGACUGGGCAAGCAACAGGCAACAAAUGUCAAAUGUUGAAAUUCCACCACUGGCAGAGUUGGACAAGCAAGGUCUUCAGUACUGGCUGAGUCGCUUUUUGAUGGAAAUCAGAACAAAGAAAGGUGCAGAGUAUGCUCCAAACUCACUCCAUCAUAUAGUUUCUGGAAUUAUGCGUCAUUUACGUCAGAACUGCGGAAGACCAGAUAUCGAUUUCUUCAAGGACCAUGAGUUUGCAAAUGAAGCGACUUCAAUCUGCUGGUGUUGGCUCUGUACGUAAGCAGGCUGAACCAAUUUGCCUUGAAGAAGAAGAGUUGCUGUGGGAGAAAAAACUCUUAGGAGACCACAGCCCGGACGCUCUUUUGAACACAAUGGUGUGACUCUAUUUUGCAUUGCGCAGUGGAGGUGAGCACAGACAACUUCGCCAUAAUCCUUGCCAAAGACUUUGUGAGCCUCGAAAUGAACGAUCAUUCCUCAGAUACAGAGAAGACAUAUCGAAGAAUCGUCCCGGAGGAUUGAAAGGACGCAAAAUCAAGCCCAAAGUAGUGGUUCACUAUUCAAAUCCCGAAAAUCCUCAGAGAUGCUUUGUUGAGCUGUUUAAGAGAUACAAUAGCUUGUGUCCUCAUGAUCGCCCGAGCAAUGCGUUCUACCUCUCUCCUCUGACAAAACCUAAACAAGAUUGCUGGUUUUCCCGAGCACCUUUGGGACAUAACACCUUGAAGAACAUAGUGAAGAACAUGUGUAAAAAAGCAGGAAUACAAGGUUUUAAAACGAACCAUUCACUCAGAGCCACAGCUGCAACCAGGUUGUACUCAAGUGGUGUUGACGAACAACUCAUAAUGGAGCGUACAGGCCAUCGCAGUAUCGAAGGAAUCAGAGGCUACAAGCGAACUUCCUUAAAGCAGCAAUUUCAGACAUCCUACAGCCUCGUUUGGACAUUGUGCCUGUAUCCAGAAGCCAAUUCACAGAGCCAUCUCUGCCUCCUCCAAUGGCUGCCACCACAUUUCCUUGCUCACAGGUGUCGACUAACAACAUCAGCGCACCUCGCACCUCAUCCUCAAGUGAUGAUCAUGCAGGAAUAUUCUAUAUAAGUUCAUGCUCAAACAUAUCUAUAAACAUUAAUCAUUCCAACUAACUCUGAACUCUGAACGUCAUUAUCAUCAUUCUGUUAUUAUACAUGCAUGCAUUAUUAUUAAUUUUGUUUAGUCAAUAUUCAGUAUGAUUGUAUGUAUCUAUGAUUGUAUGUAUCAUGUAAAAAAUGUUAAAUGCAUGUAGUGAACAUAAAAUGGACCUCCAUAGAAGACCUCCUCCAUAGAAGACCUCUGAAUGACUGAGAGGUCUCUAUGAGAAAUAAAGGACCUCCAAGUAACCAAUCAGAUUGCACCAUUUGUGACAAGCAUUUUCUAAAGGUGGGUUUGAGUCUUCUUCCAGAAAGCUCUCAACUUGAUUCUCCUCCUGCUCAGGGUCGAUUCCUCUUGAGGAUUCAUUAAAGACAAC